GCCAGGAUAGGUUUCGUGAUUAAUGUAUUUAUGGAUCUUUCACUGCCCACUUGCAAUCGCAAUUGUGAGGAAAGCAUCGGCCGAGGUGUACAUACUGGAGAUAUAUAAGAUCAGCUAACGUUGAACUAGGGAGUCGUGACUCAGACUCAGAAGGUUGAAAUGUCCAACGACCCCCCAUCUCCCGCAUCCUCACCACUUUCUUACCUUGAACUCGUAAAGAUAUGCGACAAUUUUCGCCUCCCACCUAACCAUGGUUCUGUUGAUAUCUUUCAGAAGCCAUCCGAUGUGGAUUCCUUCGUCCCGUGGACACUCUCACAAUCGGCAGGAAGUCCUGCCGUUGGGCUCUUGAGGCUUGACGUAGUAGGUCUCCUUCAAAAGGAGAAACCUGGGACGUGGAUCAUUCCAGAACCUCAGGCGGGGUGUCGCGUCAGCUUUGAUCCGUCAGUCAACACUCCAAAGAAGCGCACUGCAGUGCUGAAAGAGCUUUGUGAGCGCUGGCGCGACACUGGCGUAUUUCCUGCGAGCAUCGGACCACGGAAAUGGCGGAACGAGAUGUACCCUGUGUACAGAAAUCCCUUGGGGAAGCACGAGCACUAUCCUGAGGACGAUUCCGACGAGGGGCUUGGAAACUACGCCUUUGAGAUGGAGCGCGCUGCGUGUGCUCUUUUCGGUGUCGUGACGUAUGGCAUACAUAUGACUAUCUAUCAAGGGAUAGCGAGCAGCCCACAAGUGAAGAUUUGGGUACCAACGCGGGCUAAGACGAAGCAGACGUGGCCGAGCUGGUUGGAUAAUAGUAUUGGUGGCGGGAUACCCAGUGGCAUGCCUAUCUUUGAAAGCCUUGUCAAGGAGUGCGAGGAAGAGGCCAGCAUGGAAGCAGACAUCGUGAGGAAUCAUGCAAAACCCGUCGGGGCGAUCAGUUAUUUCUUCAGGAAUAGAAUGAACUUCUUGCAACCAGAGGUCGAAUAUGUUUACGAUCUUGGGGUGCCACAUGAUGCUGCGUUCCAGCCCUGCCCAUCAGACGGUGAGGUGGAGUCUUUUGAUUUACUAUCGCUGGAUGAAGUGAUACCAAAGUUGCGGCAGGGACUCUUCAAGCCCAAUUGCGCUGCCGUCCUCAUCGACUUUUUUGUUCGACAUGGCCACUUGACGCCUGAUGAUGAACCCGAUUAUAUGGAAAUCAUCACGAGAUUACACGGCAGAUUUGAAUAUGAAAGAUGGUGCCAACAGAUGUGAUGGACAAAAUUUUGUCGUGUCAUUACAGAUACUUGUACUUGU